AUGGCCGCAGCAAUCAAGGCUCUCAAUGCGAAGAUUCGCUCAAACCCCUACACCGACUACCUGUGCUCGACCCACUUCUGGGGUCCCGCAUCCAACUUUGGUAUCCCUCUCGCUGCCGUAAUGGACACACAAAAGGACCCUGAAAUUAUCUCAGGAUCCAUGACCCUCGCCCUCUGCGGUUACUCGGCCACCUUCAUGCGCUACGCCUUCGCCGUCACUCCCAUAAACUACCUCCUCUUCGGCUGCCAUUUCGUCAACUUCGGUGCACAAGUCACUCAGGGAUACAGAUACCUCAACUACUGGAACUUUGGCGGUAAGGAGUUGAGAGACAAGGCCACACAAGAAGCUUCCCACAUCGCCAGCCAGGCCAAGGCUGCCGCUCACAAGGUUGAGGGCAAGGCCAAGGAGGUUGCCAACAAGGUCACCAGCUCAUAA